UAUGCGCUCUGUGCCGCACUCCUUUCUUCGCUUCCGACUCAACACCUCCCUGUUUCUCCUGGCGCAUGUUAGCCUGGGCAGCAUCUGGAAAAAAAAUCAUUUUUUAUUUAUUUAAAGGAAAAGCUGAGAGAGCUGAAAGAGAGAAAUAGUUGACUUAACAGUUAAAACAGAGUAAAAACUCUUUACUUUUUUUAAAAAUAUCUUCUUGGUCUGAUUAACGAGGGAAGGCUUUGGCGUUAAGCUAACGUGCGCAGGGUCUCCGGCGAUCUAAACCUAACUGUUCAAUUUCACUACUGGUCCCACUGAAAUCCGCGAUGCUGCCCAUCAGAUAUUCUGACACUUACAUCUCUCUCUCUCUCUCUCUCUCUCUCUUAUAGCAGUUUAGUUUUGCUGCUUGUUUAUGGAUAGAGCUAACAUGCGCAUAUAAAUUGUUUUUAUAUAGAAAAUAUCUUUAGCCGCUUUUUUUUCUUGAGAAAAAAAAACAGUUCCUGUGUUUUUAAUUCAAUCUUCUCCUUCUGCUUCCCCUUCCUUCCUCGCUUUUUCUACAAGUUUUAGGUUUGGUGAGAUAUAUAAAAAUGAAGAAUUCGCUGUACGAACAGCUAGUGAUCCAAGCUACAACCCUAAUAGUGGAGAAAGAGGAGAGGUUUUCAAUGGAAGUUCUCUAGCUUUUCCUUUUUUAUUUUUCUGAGGGGUAAAUUUGUAAUUUUAAUUUUAUUGUGAGAAUGGAGGGAAAGGAGCCGAAUAAAAGUGGUGGAGGAGGAGAAGGACUAAUUGAUAGAAGCAAAGUACGGAUUUUGUUAUGUGAUAAUGAUUCCAAAAGCUCCGAGGAAGUUUUUACUCUUCUUUUGAAGUGCUCUUAUCAGGUUACAUCAGUGAGAUCAGCUAGGCAGGUGAUUGAUGCAUUAAAUGCCGAGGGACCCGAUAUUGAUAUCAUACUUUCUGAAGUUGACCUUCCAAUGAACAAAGGCAUGAAGAUGUUGAAAUAUAUCACACGGGAUAAAGAGUUACGGCGCAUUCCUGUUAUCAUGAUGUCGGCACAGGAUGAAGUCUCCAUUGUUGUCAAGUGCUUGAGGUUAGGAGCCGCAGACUAUCUUGUAAAGCCUCUACGUACAAAUGAGCUAUUGAACCUAUGGACACACAUGUGGAGAAGGAGGCGCAUGCUUGGUUUGGCAGAGAAGAACAUCUUGAUUUAUGACUUUGAUUUGGUAGCAUCAGAUCCUAGUGAUGCCAACACAAAUAGUACUACUCUUUUCUCAGAUGACACAGAUGACAAGUCUCGUAAAUGCCUAAAUCCAGAAAUUGGUGUAUCAACUCAUCAGGAAGAUGUGUCUGCUGCUGCCGCUGCUACUGCUUUUGCUGCUGCCGCUGCUACUGCUUUUGCUGCUGCUGCUACUGCAGGUUGUGGUAGUACUACUGUUGUUGCUGCUGCUACUGCAGAUCGUGGUAGUGGUACUGCUGCUGAUGAACCUCCACCUUGCAAUCGACUAGAAUAUCGACCUGAUGUGCCGGGAAUAAGUGAUCGUAGAACAGCACAAUUAUCAUCUGGUCCAAAGAAGAGUGAAUUGAAGAUUGGCGAGUCCUCUGCUUUCUUUACUUAUGUCAAGUCUAGCACAAUCAAGAAUGACUCCCAAGGGUUUCCAACCACUGAGGACUAUACUGUUCCAAGUCUGAGGGCAGAAGAGAAUCUUCAAGCAUGUGCUCAGCAAGUGGUUAAUGAUGCUCAAUUACAUGAAAAUAGAGAGACGUGGCAGAGCUAUCCACAAGAUGAUUUCCGUAGUAGUUCUAGCAUCCCUGAUUCUAUUUCUCUAGAGAGAUCUUGCACCCCACCCAUGUCGUCAGAGUUUCCGCAAAGAAAUUUCAAGGACGACAAGCUCCCUCAGGUGUUUACAAAUCCGAUAAAUGAACUUCAACUUGACACUUCAGGUUUGUCUACACAAAGUAUGUAUCCAUAUUACAUGUCUGGAGUUGUCAAUCAAGUAAUUAUGCCACCAUCAGCACAACUAUAUCAAAAGAAUCUGCAUGAGUUGCAAAAUAAUGCACCUUCACCUAUGCUGCCUCAAUACAAUCAUCUUUCCCAAUGUUCCCCUCAUGUCGCUAGCAUGGCAUCAUUCCCCUACUAUCCUGUUAAUUUAUGUUUACAACCUGGUCAAAUGCCUCCUACUCAUCCAUGGCCAUCAUUUGGAGGUUCAUCUUCCCCCGAUGUGAAAAUAAAAAAAUUAGAUAGAAGGGAGGCUGCAUUGAUGAAAUUUAGACAGAAAAGAAAAGAGCGGUGUUUUGAUAAGAAGAUUAGGUAUGUUAAUCGCAAAAAGCUUGCUGAAAGGAGGCCUCGUGUGCGGGGACAGUUUGUGAGGAAGUUAAAUGGUGUAAAUGUGGAUCUUAAUGGGCAACCUGCUGCUGAUUAUGAUGAGGAUGAAGAAGAGGAUGAGGAUGAGCUUGCAUUAAGGGGUUCUUCUCUCGAAGAGGAUGCUUCAGGAUCCUAAUGUUCAAGUUGACUGUUGAUGAGGUUUAUUGUAUUUCUGAGAUGCACCCUGCACUUGUGAAGCUUCCGUUCCAAAGUCCCUUGUACUGAGGAUGCCUUAUGCCAAUGAUGAUGUGUAUGCAUCAUACCAGGGGAUUUAUCAUAUCAAAUUCUGAAUGUCCGAACUACCCUUCCAGCAUUUUUCUCAGUGGAUGCUGAAAAUGUUAUUGUUCAGCAUUUUCAGGUUAAGCAGUCGGUGGCUUUAAAUGCAUUAAGCUUCUUGACAAAGUAUCUCACGUCGAGAUUGCGUGAGCUGAAGGCCAAUGCUCGACUCUAUAAUUAUUUUCCUGGUUCAAACCCCAAAUGUGGGAGGAAUGUUAAGACAUUGAAAUUCUCCGGAAAAUCAACUGCAGAAUUCUAUUUCUUUUUACAGAUCCAAUGGAAAAUAUUGAAGCAACUGUUGUAAA